AUGUGCAUGCUGUUGUUCGCCAAAACGUUGGGUAGCAUAUGUUGUUUUAUGGUGGCCCGUAGUGUCUUGCCAACAACGCGAAAGAACAGCGUUCUGGCACAUCCAACCGUGGCACGGGUGGAUCGCAUUUUGGUGAGCAGCCCCAUAUACUAUGGGACGCUUUUCCGUUUAGCAUUGGUGCCAGCCUUUGUGAAAAACUAUGGUUUGGCGCUUCUGAAUAUCAGGUUCCGGGACUACAUUACGUGUUGCCUUAUUGGUUCCUGCUUUGGUGUUCCAGCACAAGCGUAUUUAGGAUCUCAGCUUGGCGAUAUCUACUUGGGUUUUCGCGAUGCGGAAGAGGUGGCUAAGACGGAUCCGAUGAUCAUUUGGGGAGGCGCUGCUCCUGCGUUAGCCAUGCUGGUGUUGAUGCCCACCGUGGCCAAGGUUUUGUUAGGAGCAUGGCUCAACUCAGCUUCCAGUUUGCCUUGCAAAUAG